GCUUUUCUCCGAGAGGACGGGCGACGAACGGCUGGGAUGUUUUCAAAAACCAGCGAUGAACGUCACACAGCCGUAGGCUACGGUUAUAACGUCCAAUAUUUAGGGAAUAACUGUUUAUAUUGCGCAAUAUUCACAUAUAGCCGAACGUGAAUGAGUCCGUGGGAUACGUGCGACCCAGUUUGAAGGUGCAUGAUGAACCGACUGAGCUGUAGCUGUCGCAGCUAGUCAGGUGCCGCACCAUGGCCAAACCUGGGAGCGACAGAGAUGGAGCCAUGGUGGAUAAACAGGGGGGGAAGAAGAGUAAAGACAAGUUGUCCCCUUUCACCAAAACUCCGAAGCUGGACCGGAGAGAGUUGCUGGGGAAGGAAGGGAAAUCCAAAUCUUCCAUGAAGCGCAAGCUCUCCUUCACGGCCAGUCCGCUGCGGGCCGAGGAGCGAGACUCGGACACCGAUGACUCAGACCCAGGCCAGUCGAGUGAGACCUGGGGAGAGAGAUUAGUGCCUCCCUGCAGGAUAUACGCAGAUAAAGAUAUACCAGACAAGAAGAAAGUGAAAAAGGAGGCUGGGGGCAAGAAGUCCCAGGCUCCCAACCUUUUGUUUGGGUAUCCUCUGUCAGAGCGAAAACAGAUGGCUCUCCUAAUGCAGAUGACUGCCAACAGUCCAGACUCUACUCCCAGUCACCCCUCUCAAACGACCCCUGUGCAGAAGAAAGUCCCCAGCAGCGCCUCGUCUCGACAAAAGGACAAGGUCAACAAGAGGAACGAGCGAGGGGAGACUCCCCUUCACAUGGCCGCCAUCCGGGGAGACGCCAAGCAAGUUAAAGAGCUCAUUAGCUUGGGAGCCGACGUCAACGUUAAAGACUUUGCAGGCUGGACUCCUCUUCAUGAAGCCUGUAAUCUAGGUUACUACGAUGUGGCCAAGGUGUUAAUAUCAGCGGGAGCAGAGGCGAACACGCAGGGGCUGGACGACGACACGCCGCUCCACGAUGCCUCCAGCAGCGGGCACACAGAUAUUGUGAAACUGCUGCUACGCAACGGCGGUAACGCUUUCCAGGCCAAUAAGCGCGGGGAGCGCCCGGUGGACGUGGCCGACUCUCAGGAGCUGGAGCAGCUUCUGAAGGGAGAGGUGCCGCUGUCGGACGAAGAGGAAAGCUCUUCAGAUGUCGUCUUCUCUGCAGAGUCUGAAGACCCUCCGUCUGUCAAUCCUUCAAGUGUGGAUGACAACGUGGAAGACUCCGAUACCGAAAAGGACUCGGAUGGCAAACCCGUCUCGAAAGCGCCAUCAUCCGUUCCCGGUCUGGACGAGUACGAGUUCAAGGACGAGGAAGAGGAGGAGGAUCUCGGUAAAGCCUUGAACGACAGACACGUCCUCCGGAGGGAACUACGGCAGCAGGAGCAGGAGGAGGAGAAGGAGAAAGAGGAGAAGGAAAGGAAGGAGGAGAAGGAAAGGAAAGAGGAGAAGGAAAGGAAAGAGGAGAAGGAAAGGAAUCAUGUGGCAGCAGGAAAGCAGAGUGGAAAAGGGGAUUCAUCCUCCAAGUCCAAAAAGCAAAAGACUCCCCGUGUCCACUGCAGCUCGGAUACGUCCAGCGACGAAAUGGAAAGCCUUCCAGAGAAAAGGAAUUCCCCCACCUGCUCUCAGAGCUCCGAGAGCCUCAGGACCGAGACAAAGUCUAAAAAGGACAUGUCUGAGCAAAAGGAUAAAGGCAAAGUCAAGAAAAAAAGCAAGAGCCAGAUUAAAAACAAGGAAAACCAAGAGGAUGGGAAGGAGAACAGCAAAACGUUGGUACUCUCUCUUGCAACUGUGUCAGAGAGCACAGAAAAAGGUCGGGAGGAAGACUCUUUCAAGAUGUCUUUCAGUCCGAAAGACGACUCAUCCGUCCACCUCUUCCAUUUGUCGUCCAUAAAGUCACCAAAACUGAACCACAGCCUGACGGAUAAACAAACGCCGCUCAAACAGGAAAAUACUAAGAUGUGCAUUUCCAUCAGCGACAGCUCGUGUCCGGUGGACGGUGUCAAAUACAACCACUACACAGAGGCAGACUACUGCACCGAGGGCUCCAGCACCAAGGGGUGCAAGCACAAGGAGAAAAGCAAACAUCAACAGAAAGACUCGAACGGAGACGGGGACGACGGUCGAUCGAGUCCUUGCAAAGACGCCGGCAGCAUAGGAAACAGCGUAGACGGCUCUGAAGGUGCCUUACGGAAGACGGACCUGGACGGCAAAGUGGUGAAGAAGCAUAAACUUAAACACAAAGAGAAAGACAAACACAGGAGGGAGUACGAGGCAGAGCGCAGCCACCACAGGCAGAAGGAAGCCCGGAAAGACGGCCACAGGAAUCUGGAGUUUGACAGAGAGUUCUGGAAAGAGAACUUUUUCAAAACCGACGAGACGGAUGAACAUCUGCCAGUGAAAAAGGAAGGUGACGAGAACAGUUCCAUUCAGAGGACCUCGGAGUUCCCUCCUGUCAAAGAGGAGAAGAACACGAAGGAGAAGCACUCGAGCAGCAAGGAAAAGAGGCCGAGAGAGGAGCGGGAAAAGGACAAGGCCGUGAAAAAAGAGCGGAAGGAGGCGGCGGCUGUUAAAGAGGAGAAGGUAAAGGAUUCAAAGCCGAGUGAGCGUGACGAGAGAGUGGACUGCCACGGCUCGGGGCGGAUUCCUGAGGAGACAGAAGAGACAGAAGAGAAACCCAUAAGUGGGAUCACAGCUGAUCAAGAACAGCUGGAGCUCUCUGAAAAAGGCUCACGUGAGAAAACUGACAAGAGGCUCCCAGGGAAGGAGAAGGAUUCAGAGAAAAUGGAGAAAAGACACCCUGACAAGGAGAAAAGGGUCAAAGUGGAGCACUGUGACAAAGCUGAGCCGCAGAACUCCGUGGACCGCUGGAAGGACAAAGAGAGAACGGCGGCCAUCGCUUCCCACUCGCCUGGAGAUAAAAACUGCAAAGACAAUGAGAAAGUGAAAUCUUUAUCUACGACUAAAAAGCACGAGGACAGCCGGAAAAACAAAGAUAAGUUUGACAAGCGGUCCGACAGGGAGAGGCUGGACAGAGAGUAUAGUGUUGGGGAGCGCACCCUCUCUGAGAAGAAAGGCAAAGCUCUUGAGAAGAACACAGAUCUCAGCAAAUCUGAUCGUACAAAAGAGAAGGACUGUGAAAGAAAAAAGAGGGAUAAAAUAAAAGAAGGGACUAUUUCCUCAAGUUCCAAUCUGAAAUUGCUUCUAGAAGAAAAAAAGAGCUGUCUGUCGGAGAGCAGCAAGUCCUUAUCUAGUAAGUCAAAGGAGGAAGUUGUGAGAAUACCAGAAAAAGAUCGCGACCGCAGAGACCGGGACAGAGACUCGGAUAAACACAAGGAUAAGGAGCGGCACAAAGACCGCUCCCAGCAGGCCAAAAUAAGCAAGGCCAAAGCCAAUGACACAGAUGCAGAUAAGGCCAAAUCAAAAGCCUCGCCGGUAACACGCGACGCCAAGCCCAAAGAGAAAAGGCUUGUGAACGAUGACCUGAUGCAGACCAGCUUUGAGCGAAUGCUCAGCCUUAAGGACCAGGAGAUCGAGCAGUGGCAUCGCAAACACCUGGAGAAAAUCAAACAGAAAGAGCGGGAAAGGCUUAAGCAGCGGCCUCUGGCAGAUCCUGGGAAGUCCAAACCCAAAGACAGAACAAAGACCGAGCCAUGCCUGAGUAAGGAGCUCAUGCGCUCAAAAAGCUCUGAAGCGUCUGAUAUCCACAACAGAGAUAAACCCUUGAAGGAUGGCACCAGCCCCAGAACAAUGUCGCUCGAUGGGAAGACUCUGCCCUCCAUCAGCGCAAAGGUCAUGUCAGCGGUGGAGAACUGUCUCACCAGAUCGCCUCGACCGGAGAGCGAUCGCUGCGGAAUCAUGUCCAGGUCUGUCUCCUUGAUAUCUGUUGCUAGCUCGGAGGAUUCGUGUCAGGCGACGACUUUAACGCCCAGACAUGUUGAAUACGACUCCGACAUGAACCUGGAAGCCUCAGACUCCCAGCCGGCGUUCCUCCAGUCUUCCCUCGUCAUCCAAGCCACCAGAUCGCCGUCUGUUCACGAUAAAGAUUGUCUUCCUGACGUCCCGCAAAGCAAUCGGACACUACUUCCCGGCAGACAUGAAUCUCCGUACCUCAGGGCUAUUCUGGACGAGGAAGCCAACUCCUCAACGGAAGGUAAAGCUGCUGAAAGUCUGCCUAAACCGAGCCAGACUACUGAGGAGCCGGAAACAAGAGAGACCUCGGCAGAAACGGAGGAGAGUCAACAACAAUGUUUGAAUGCAGUUGCUGACUCAGCCACAGAGAGAGAAGGGAUAGAUCCUGUUGGUUUAACAUCACCAAUAUCAAACACAGAUCCUCAGAGUCAAAGCCAGACACUUCCAGAGAGUAGUACCUCUCAAACGGGCUCAACAGAAAAAGAAGUAACUCUUCCUUCCUCUGCAUCUCCUCCUUCCUCUGCAACUCCUGUUGUGAAGGACCUACCAUGUCCGACAGAGACUCAACAAGCAGACAUUCAAGAUUCAGAUAGACCAUCCACGCCUACAGCUUGUCUACCUGCUGAAGCAAUAGACACAAACUCAAAGCCCCUCCAGCAGGACGACACCGUCUCUGGGGACGAGACUGAGCAGCUGACAGAACCAGCCACCACACACGUGUCUGAGCUUAAAGACGAACCUGUAGUAGAGAGUGCUGACGGAGCAGAAGAGGAGGAGAGUAUGGAGGUAGACGGCAGAGGAAGUCCUGUUCCCUCCACGAGUUCGCACAUUCCCAGCUUCUCUGCAGGAGAGUCCUUGCCGGGAUUUACCCAAACAAGCAGCGAGUCAAAAUGUUCUUCAGAGGAUAUGGAUGUAUAUGACCAAGACUGCCAGAACUCAAGACCUGAAGGCGACGCUGCAAGUCAAGUCAGUGCUCAGGAGGAGAGAAAGGACUAUAUAGCUGCAACGGCGUCCUAUAGUGCGAGCCCUGAGCACAAAGCUGAGGAAGUGACUGACGUCCCGCAGAGCUCGGAGAACAGUUACACUGCGGUUUCAAUAGAGAGUUAUUCCAGAGAGGGUGUUUUCGCUACAGAGGGAUCCUCCGAGGCUACAGCAGAGGCCAGCUCCGAGCCGAUGGAGGUGACGCCUCCCGAUGAGAAACCAGAGUCAUCUUCAGCUGGUGAAGAGCAGAGCAUCGUCCAAUCGGUAGCGAGGAAUGAUAGCAGCAGCAGUAGUAGUAGCAGCAGCAGUAGCAGCAGCAGUAGUAGUAGUAGCAGUAGCACCUGUAGCGCCUCGGGGAGCUCCUCUCCACAAUCUGGAGACCGAGACUCUGAUUCCUCUGGCGCUAAAUUCAAGAGUCGCUCUGCAGAAGAUGAAAUGGACAUCCACCAUCCCCAUCCACGCAAGAGAAAGAUGCCCAAAGCGUCAUGCUCGCAGUCAUGCUCCGCCACUCAGCAGCAGGACAAGGAGCAAGGCCAGCAGUCUCUGGCGGCCAUCGUGGACUCGGUGAAGCUGGAGGAGAUUCAGCCGUACCAGACGGAGAGGGCCAACCCGUACUACGAGUUCCUGCACAUCCGCAGGAAGAUCGAGGAGAAGCGCAAGGUGCUGUGCAGCGUCAUCCCGCAGCCCCCGCAGUACUACGAUGAAUAUGUGACCUUCAACGGAUCCUACCUCUUAGAUGGGAACCCGCUCAGCAAGAUCUGCAUACCAACAAUUACUCCACCUCCAUCAUUACCUGAGCAGCUGAAGGAGAUGUUCAAACAGCAGGAGGUCUUUCGCAUGAAGCUCCGACUGCAGCACAGCAUUGAAAGGGAAAAGCUGAUUGUUUCUAAUGAGCAGGAAGUCCUACGAGUCCAUUACCGGGCAGCGAGAACACUAGCCAAUCAGACGCUGCCUUUCAGUGCCUGUACUGUUUUAUUGGACGCUGAAGUGUACAACAUGCCUCAAGAAGUCCAGAACGAUGAUGGCAAAACGUCAGUGAGAGACCGAUUUAACGCCAGGCAGUUCAUGUCUUGGUUACAAGAUGUUGACGACAAGUUCGACAAACUGAAGACGUGCCUCCUGAUGCGGCAGCAGCACGAGGCGGCCGCUCUGAACGCCGUGCAGCGUCUGGAGUGGCAGCUCAAACUGCAGGAGCUCGACCUGGCCACAUACAAGUCCACCAGCAUCUUCGAGAUCCCAGAGUUCUACAUCCCGCUGGUGGAGGUCAACGACGACUUCGACCUCACCCCGAUAUGAGCGGCGGGACGGACGAGCUCUGACGGCGGCGGCGGCGACGGACAGAUCCCGGACACGAGAGGCAGCACAUUCACAGAAGAAGAAAAUGUGAAGCACCUAGAAUGUGGCGAUGAAACACAACGAGCAUUUAGAAAAGAGGUGGUUUCACUCCCAACGCUCUCACAGUCCGAACCGGCACGAGGACUCGGUUCCUCCUGCAGGAGAAGGAGGUCCAGAGGAACCCAGACGCUGGGGGGGGGGGGGGGUCAGGAGGAGGAGCAACGUGUGGACGAGGACCACCGGCUCCUCCUGCAGCACGGUCACACAACUGAAAAGAGUUCAAUUGUUUUCAAAGUGAGUGUUGAUACAUUGUGUACAGACUGUGCUCUUAAUUUUUUAACUUAUUUUAUACAUAAAACAAUUGUGCAUUUGUAAAUAGCCAUGUAAUUAUUGUUUUAAACUUGUAAAAACAAAAAAUAGAUAUUUUGAUUGUAAACUUGUUCCGUCUCAUGUUUAAUGUCCAAAGUUGGUUUUUAUAUCUUCUGCUUCGUCCGUGGUGUUCUUGUUCUUCUCGUUGUUGUUGGCUUCAGAUCUUAAGCACGUGUUGGCUUUCGUUGUUUUCUCUUUUUUCUGGUUUCCUUCCUCACCUGGAGCUUCACGCCACAGCUGGUGUUUUUUGACUUUGGCAAUUAAAUGCUGUGCAUGCGUUGCGUUGUUUGUACUUGUUUCCUAAAGAGCUGUACUGUGGGCUUUGUGAGGUUUACUGAAGUGUUCCAGCUUUUUGUUAUGUCCCUCACUCCUCGUGUGUUGUCCAUCGUGUCUCGCGCACAUUUACAGUCUGUUGUGGCUUCCAAGGGAAAAAAACACAUACUUUUACACUUUCAAUGUGAGAUCACAACAAAACCUAUUUUUUCAACAUAAUGCCUUUUUGAACAAUAGUUCUAAAAAAUGUCUAUUUUAAUAUUUACUUGUUACAUGACUUGUACAUAUUUGUAAUAUAUAAUUGAAUAAAUUUUAUUUGUUGUGAAAUUAAAA